CUGUUUCAUCUUAAAACAUAACUGAUUGUAUCAACAGUCUUUAUUAGUCGUGUACGCAGUAGGUAGUUGUGAAAGACUUUACAGUGGCAUAAAAAGAAUACUGGAUGUUCAAAAAAUAAAGGAAAACUGGCAGACCUAUUCAUAUCAAAAGAGAUAGCACUACGAAAAAAGAAUAUGCAUGGCCCGAUCGUAUGUUUGUCUUUGUUUGCAAUGCUUGCAUUCCGCGUAUCGAGUGUAGAACAUUCACGAAAAGACAAUGUAAAUGGACAGACCUUAUAUAACGUUGGCAAAAAUUACAACAUGACAUUGCUAAGUAUUAUUGGUAAGGCUUUGAAGAACAUAGAAUCUGAUGUUCGGGAAGUAGCAGAAGAAAUGUGCCGUCUGCAUCGUUGUAGAGAAUGGACAGAGUGGUCUGAUUGUGAUGUCAGCGUAGAUAAACAAAGGCGUGUCGGUGUGAAAACUAGAUCACGGACAUGCGGAGAAAACACUACGAUGUGCGAGCGAUAUGGAUUAUCAAGAACAGUUUUGGAUAAUAAGGUCUGUGAAAGUAAAUUUAGAUGUCCUAAGGAAUAUAAUUUCACAACGAAUGGCUUUUGCUUAAAAUACUACGCAGGUCCGAAAUCCUGGGACAACGCUGAAGCCGUUUGUCGAUCUGAUGGUGGUCAUCUGGUGCGUGUUGAUUCAGAAUUAAAAGCCAAGGACGUUAAUGAUACCCUGCUUGCACAAUCGCCAACAAGCAACAUGGUUUGGAUAGAUGGUAGACGAUCUGUUCAAGGAGGACCUUGGUCCUAUGGGUACAAAGCAAUAGAUCCUAUUUUUUCUUAUUGGGGUGACAAUGAUCCUGAUAAUGGACCAACUGAUCUCUGUAUGUUGUACCACAAAUAUGCAAAUACGAAAUUUCUCUGGCGUUGGUUUGACUGUCAAUGUCAUUCGUCGAUUCCGUUUAUCUGUCAGAAUUUUUGAAUAGUUAUGACUGUUAUUAGUAGCAUAAUUUCGUUCUUAUUCGUUUUCUUUUAUUUCAACACCAUAGGAAGUGUAUCUUUCUUAAAAUGUCGAUAAGGGAAUACGUUUUGAUUGUAAAACAUUAUAUUGAUUCAAAAAUAAAACAAAUAUCAGUUGA